AUGAUCUCGCUUAUUAGCACCUACUACGAUAACAGAUAUCGGCCACUCGCAGUCUCAUUUGCAGCAGCAGGCGCUGCUACCGGUGGUAUGGUGUUUCCAGCUAUUGCGAGACAACUGCUAGGUCGCGUUGGCAUGGCCUGGACCGUCCGUGUCAUGGGCUUCGUCUUCCUGGCCAACUCAGCCAUGGCUCUCGUCCUCGUACGACCACCGAGGGCGGCGCGGAAAUCGGUUCCAAUCUUCGAAUGGUCCGCAUUCGCAGAGCUGCCAUACCUGUUGUACACCAUCGGAGUUUUCCUCGUGCUGUGGGGAGUGUAUUUUGCAUACUACUCCAUCACCGUCUUCGCAACGGACGUGCUGGAGAUGUCCUCAACGCAAUCUUUCUAUCGGAUCAUGGCGCUCAAUGGCAUCGGCAUUGCCGGCCGCAUCCUCCCGGCCUAUCUGGUCACGGUUGCUCCCUCCGUUUUACAUGUCUUCAUCCCAGCCGUUCUCGCGGGUGGACUGUCACUAUACUUGUGGGCAGUUGUUCGCAGCUCGGGCGGCCUGCUGGCGUGGAUUCUCGGAUGUGGAUUCUGCGCAAACGCAGUGCAGGCCCUCUUCCUCGGAGGUCUUGGGAGCCUGGCGGUGGAUCAUCAGAAAUGGGCACGCGCAGCGGUAGGGUCCUGA